ACAACAUUGAAAGCUACAACAGCGUACACAUCCAGUUCAGAUCAGCGUACUGUAGCUUGUUGGGAGAUAGGACGGCUACGUUUUCCGAUGAUGUAUUUCAGCGUAGCGUAGCGUGAUAAUUUAAAGAAACAGAUAAAUUCAAAAGUUUCGACUUGAAUCUUAGGCUGGCCACUAACAGCACAUGCAUUAUGAACAUGUGUGUCCAAUGUACAUGCAUGUUUGUCAUGCACACACACGCACACAUGUUCAUCAAGCAUGUUCCAUCAAGUUCAUCAAGUAGAGGCUUCUCUCUGCUUAGAACAGAAUUCUAAAAAAUAGUGUAGUUCAAUAUGUAUAUGGGUUUCAAUCUUAAUGUACUCUUGAUAAAUGGAAUAUUGUAUCCAGGAUUGACUAAAGAAAAUUGCAGAUACAGUUGAUAGAAUUUGAAAAUACAAAAUAUGUGACUUGAUCAAAUUCCAGAUCAAUCUGUGAUUUUGAAAUUUGACAGUUAUUUUCUUUUUUUAAUUGCGCGUCGAAGUCUCUACAAGGUUUUUGGAAAUUUUGCAUUUCAAGGAUGAUAUAAAAGGAAAAAGGAGCCUCCUUCAUACGCCAAUAUUAGAGUGAAAAACAGACCAUAGAAUUAUUCAGCUGACAAGUGAUUACACAGAUGUGUGGAGAAGCCAGUCUAUUGCUGUAUUUCCAUAAGGUCUAUAGUUUCAAUCAGGUACUUGUGGAUGAGAAUACUGCGUGAGGUUUACUGUUCACAGAACUACUAGUGUAAUGAAAUUUCAGAGAUAGCUCUAUCAGAGACUGUUUUAUCAGAGAUAGAAGAUGAUAGUUUGAUAUUGUUCUCCUUGAAUGAGUUCAUCACUCAAAAUCCAAUAUACUUUUGAUUUAGAAAUUUAUGAACUGUGAACUGCGGGUGAUAGAGGAGUUUAAGCCAAUUACCUUUUCCAGUUUUUAAUUCGUCUCAAGCUCAUAAUACUGAAAGAUAUCUACGGUAGAACAUUGUUGCCAUCUUAAAAACAGAUUUUCCGAUUUCUGCCAGGUGAAAUGAUCGAGUUAACUCCAAGAAUAUACCAACGAUUAUUCGUGUUUAUCAUGUUAGUAAUACUUGCAGCCGAAUUACACGCCUUGCCAUCUCCAGAUAGUUCUGACUCAACAGUUGAAACUUCAAGUGAAAAUUUCGAGAAAUCACACAAUUCACAUCCACUGGGAAUCCUGAAAAGUUUGGCAAAUGAAGGUCACAGACAUAAGAGACAAGAAUGCCAAAGCGAUCGGGAGUGCCAAAGUGAUCAGGAAUGGUGCUGGGGUAAUAUUUGCGAAGAUCCGUGUUACAGACUUGAUUGCCAAAACGAAGAAUCACCCACUGGCCGUUGUGUGGUCAUUAACCAUCAACCAAGAUGUCUGGAAUACUGAAAUUUGAACUGAGUAUUUUGAAUGAAGAGAUAUGGAAAGCCAGACAAGUCUUAUCUCAAGAGUUUUCAACAGUUUCACAAAAAUGAGUUUGAUGAGAAGUGGUCGAAUAUUACCUCGAUAGUAAUUUACUGUUAGAACUAUAAAAGCAUUAGUUGAAUACACUUUUUUGUUAGCAUGAAAAUUUAAUUAAACUAUAAAAAUAU